AAUGGGAAAAAUGCUAAGUGAAGAAUGGUCAUCACUUCGUAAAUUGGGUAUUGGUUAUUUUCUUGACUCUCAGCCUAUCAAAGAUUUUAAUAUGGGUGAACUUCUUGAAUCUAUUCGAAGUAUUGAUGCAUCAAUUAAUAAAAAUCCUGGGGUAAAAAUAGGUUAUGAUAAAAAAUAUCAACAUGUUUCAAGUUUUACAACAAAAGAGUGGAAAUUGAAUGUUGAUGGUAGUGGUAAGAGUAGAUUGGGUUGGAAAUAUCAUUACCUUGAUAAUAGACUUUGUAAAGAUUUUAAUGAUAGAAGAAAUUUUGUACCUGGAAACCAUUCUUGUCACUGGCUUACUUUUGAAGCGAUGAGUGGAUUUCAUGUUACUAUUACUCAGGUUUUACGUUGCGAAAUUACUAACAGCUGGCACAAACACAAACUAAAUACAGGAUCAAAAUUAAUACAACAAUGUCCCAGAAUAGCUCAUACUUUUAAAAUAACUUUUAAAAGUCUUGAAAAUUUUAAUGAAAAUUUUGAAAAUCUUAGAAAUUGUGAAGAAUUUAAUGAUUGUCUUAAUGUUACUUUUUCAAAAAAUGUCUUACCCAAGGAAAAUACAAUAAAGUCAGAUAUUAACGAUAUCAACAUUGAGCGAUCAGUUACAAAAUCCAUUUCCACAUUUAUUUAA